AUGGAUGCCUCCAUCAAACAGCAUUACCUGGCUGACUCUCCGCCUACGGUGGUCCGCCUGGAAGUUAAAUCACACUUCGAGACUCUGAAGGAUGCGAAGCUAAGGAAAUACGCACAUUACAUGAGCCGAGCUGCUUUCGAAGGUACUCGCAUAACUCUACGUCAAGUUUCUCCCGAAUCCGAACCCAUCUACGACCUCAUCAUCUCUCUGCACCGCGCUUGCGAUGGAAAUUGGCCUGAGCUUGCCCGCAAGACCGGGGUUAGUGACGAAAAUGUCCGGUUUUUCUUGGAAUAUGCUGGCCAGUUCCUUGGGAACUGUGGCAAUUACAAGGGAUUCGGUGACUCGAAGUUCAUUCCCCGACUGCCUUUGGAAGCCCUCGCGGCUUUGUCUUCGAUCACUCCAGAAGCCAAGGCCGCCUUUGAGAAGGCAAGCAACGUCGGAGGUGGCAUCUACGAAACCCAGGAGCAAUCCCUCAUGCAUCUCGGCUACCCGGAAGGCAAGCACAUGACAACUUAUUAUCCCGACUCGCCGUCUAUCACCAAGGAUGAAAUCACGGCCGUUGGCGACAUUAUGGAGCAGAAGGGAUUGCCCCUGGAGAAUACGCGGUUAAGGAAGACUGCCUCCGGCGAUUUCGAGCUACUGAUUGCCGCCGGAGUCACCUCGCCCCCAGCCCGGGACCGGGAUCUUGGCGACGUUGACUCCUUCGACCUGAGUGGAGAGUUGCAAGGGAAGAAGCUUCGUCUUGUCUUUGGAGAUCACUUGGAACAGAUGGCGAAGAUAGCCCACUGUAUCAAGCUCGCAGGGCUCAAUGCAGCAAACGACAACCAGAAGCGGAUGUUGGACGCGUAUGCGCGUUCGUUUGGCGCAGGGUCGAUCGAAGCAUUCAAAGAGAGCCAGCGUAUUUGGGUGAAGGACCAAAAGCCGACUCUGGAAACAAACAUUGGGUUCGUCGAGACAUAUAGGGACCCUCACGGCGUAAGAGGCGAGUGGGAGGGAUUUGUUGCUCUGGUCAACAUGGAACGCACGAGAGCCUUCGGAAAGCUUGUUGACAGUGCCGAGACCAUGAUCCCCAAGCUCCCAUGGGGCGACGACUUCGAAAAAGACAAGUUCCUCAGUCCAGACUUCACCUCUCUUGAGGUCCUGAGCUUCCAAUCGUCCGGUAUCCCCGCUGGUAUCAACCUCCCUAACUACGAUGAUAUUCGCCAGAAUUUGGGCUUCAAGAAUGUGUCUCUCGGAAACGUUCUCGGGGCCAAGGCUCCCAACGAACCGGUUCCUUUUAUUGCCGAUAAAGAUUUGGAGGUGUAUCGCAAAUGCCGCGAUCCCGCGUUCGAAGUCCAGGUUGGUAUCCAUGAGCUUCUGGGCCAUGGCACGGGUAAGUUGCUCCAGGAAACUGCUCCGGGAGAGUACAAUUUUGAUGUUUCAAACCCCCCUGUGAGCCCCGUCACGAACAAACCGGUAUCUACUUGGUACAAGCCGGGUCAGACCUGGAGUUCAGUUUUUGGAGCCAUCGCCUCGUCCUACGAAGAGUGCCGCGCGGAAUGUGUUGCGAUGGCGUUGAGUUGUGAUUUCGACAUCCUGAAGAUCUUCGGCUUUGGCGAUGGAACGGAGAACCUUACGAACGCAGCCGGCGACGUCCUUUUCGUGGCCUAUCUUCAAAUGGCACGCGCGGGAUUGGUCGCGCUAGAGUUCUGGGAUCCGAAGACGCAAAAAUGGGGACAGGCGCACAUGCAGGCCCGUUACAGCAUCUUGCGAACUUUCCUCGAGGCGGGUGGCGAUUUCGUCCGACUUUCUCAUAGCAAGGAUGAUCUUUCCGACCUGGAGAUCCAUCUCGACCGAUCCAAGAUCUUGAGCCAUGGAAGGCCCGCCGUGGAGAAAUACCUCCAAAAGCUGCAUGUCUACAAGAGUACCGCCGACGUUGGAGCGGGCAAGAAACUCUACGAUGAAAUCACCUCGGUCGACGAGUGGUGGGGCACCAAGGUUCGGGAUAUCGUCCUGAAGAACAAGAUCCCACGCAAGGUCUUCGUGCAGGGCAAUACUAUCCUGAAUGGCGAUGAGGUCACGCUGAAGGAAUACGAGCCGACCAUUGAAGGCCUGAUUCAGAGCUUUGCCGAGCGUCUCGUCCGAUCACCUAGACGCCACUCGCAGCUGAACACUACGGAUCUCCAACAGGAGUUCUCAGCCAUACGCGCUCGCAGCGAAUUCGAGACACCUCCCGACACCUUGUCGCGGCAUCGAAGUUCCCCUGGCUCGCCUCCCACGGCGCGGCCGCAUCAUCAGACGGACUCCGCAGUGGAGGACGACGACUUCUAUACCGCGCCGCCGCCGCAUUCCCCGUCCUCUGAGGCUUCUUCCUCUAGCCUCCAUUCGUCCCGUCCCCCACCAUUCUCGUCCUUGAUCUUCCCCCCUGCGACCGAUCCCAAUCGCGCCAAGGAAACAGCUCCUCAGCCCCGGCUAGCUUCUCCGCCAUCCGACGACGAAGCACCUUUAGAACCGGACCCAUCCUCCGCAUCUCUAGUCGCAGAGACCAAAGCUUCUUUCGGCUCCGAUUCCAAGGGAGAUUCCCAAGGCAAAGCAGCAGACGACGGAGAGCCCCCUCCUCCGUACACCGAAGGUUCUAGCCCCAUCGAAUCAUUUACAUACGUGAUGGCUGCGGCAGGAGGCGCGUCGAGUAUUAUUACUCAGGUGCAACAGGCCGGAGGGCCCCCGAUCAAUACCUUAGGAGUAGAUAUCGGUGGAGACGAGCACAUUACUCUGGAUCUGCGAGGGACGCGGUUUACGCUUUCUCGCGAUGAACUCUUGACGCUGCCAGAAUUCGUUCUUCUCUCCCUUUUCCCGAACGGUCUGCUUCCUGAUGGGCAUAUGGGCACUUUCCAUGAAGGCGACAUCUAUCCCGUCGACUAUGACCCCGCCUCACUUCAAUACAUGCUGGACUUCUUUCGCUCCGUCGCCCAAUCAAUACCGUCGUCCUCGCAUUCCGCAUCGACCUCCCCAGACCUAGAGAUGUCGGAUUCAAUGCAAGGGUCUGCCAGAGACAUGCUACAGGACCGGGCCGGGAUUAUCGUCUUGCGCGAGGACCUCGAUUUCUAUGCGAUACCGCCCCGCCCCGAGAUUGACCACGCAGAGAUGAUUGAGGUCAAGCGUGCGGCAGCCAAAGCACUGUUGAAACAGGACGGAAUAUUCUCUGGUCUACGGAAAAGCGACGAGGUUGGGUCGACUGAACAGCACCUAAUCGAGAUGCUCACAGCAGGUGGCUUUGACCGUGACGAUCGCUGGGGUCAUCGUGCUCCCGAACCCAACAAGGCGGUGAUCUGUAGUCUUGCGUUGGCUAAACUUCGUACCGACAUUCGCGGGGAUCUGUCCAAUAACAACGCAGUGGGUAUGGCACAAAAACUCCUUCUUUUCUGGAGAAAACCAGCAAGAAGAUGCUGGUGGGAGGGAAUCGAGCUGGAAAACGUGGAUGGCGUCGAGGGCAAAGUCAAGAUAUGGAUUCGGAGAGUAUGGACCUUGGAGAUGAGUGUUAUUGGGCUGCGAUAG